AUGCUGAGCUAUCCGGUGGCCUCUCUUCGACCUUUGUUCUUUGAGGACGGAGUUAGCUCUCCACCUUGGCGCGAGUGUCUUAGCACAGACCGGAGCCAUGUUGGUAGUGAUGGCCAAGGGCGAACUCGAUAUGUAUUGACGAUCGGUCUUCAGACAGUGUCGGGACCCUGUUUUCCGGUACAGCCCAUAAUUGUACAUUUCCCUCACGCCCUGGAGGCUCUGCAUCCGGAGCUCGAACCCACCUCGAACCCCUCCCCCCAAGGCUAA